CCUGUCUGCUGGGGCUGGAGCGGGGGCAGCCUGUGGGGUGCCGCGGGAAACCAUGGGAGCAAAUCCCUAAAAAGCCAAAACGAAAGAAAAGAAGGAGGCGGAACGUCAACUGCCUGAAGAACAUGGUGAUCUGGUAUGAGGACCACAAGAACCGCUGCCCCUACGAGCCCCACCUGUCGGAGCUGGACCCCACCUUCGGGCUCUACACCACGGCCGUGUGGCAGUGUGAGGCCGGGCACCGCUACUUCCAGGACCUGCACUCUCCGCUGAAGCCACUCAGCGACUCUGAGAACGAGAGUGAUGAUGCAGCUGGCAAUGGCGUGGGGGCCGGAAGCUCGGACUCCUCCGAGGAGAGCUCCAGCUCGGGCUCGGAGGAGCAGCCUGAGAGCCGUCAGGCCAAGGCCCAGCAGCAUCCGCCCCCAUCGGCCACGGAAGGCGGGAGCAGCAGCGGCCUCAUCACGCAGGACGGUAUCCACAUCCCGUUCGAGCACCACAUCGAGAACCUGACGGCCGAGCAGGGCGCCACCAUGUGCCACAACCCGCCUCUCAACGGCCCGGAGAGCAUGGAGACUGUGGUGUGCGUCCCCAUGCCCGUCCAGGUGGGUGCGAGCCACGGGACUCUCUUUGAGAACGUGACGCAGGAGACACUCGGGGAGGUGGUGGCCAGCUGCCCCGUGCAGGGCAUGAUGCAGGGCUCCCAGGUGAUCAUCAUUGCCGGGCCCGGCUACGACGCCCUGACGGCGGAGGGCAUCCAGCUCAACGUCACCAGCGGCGGGGGCGAGGAGAUGCCCUGCGCCAUGAUCGAGGGCGUCGCUGCCUACACCCAGACGGAGCUGGAGAAUGUGCAGCCCAACAGCGGGGAGCCGGUGGAGAGCGAGGAGUGCAUUGAAACCAAAAAAGAAAAAGACGACCUUUAUGGGCUCAAAAAGGAGGAACUGCAGCCCCCCUCGGAAAUGGAGAUGCCGGAGGAGCUGGAGCCAGCCCAAGAGAACACGGAGCCGGAGCCCGAGGAGAUCGAUGGCAGUGACAUGUCGGCCAUCAUCUACGAGAUUCCGAAGGAACCAGAGAAGAGGCGGCGGAGCAGGCGGGGCCGCGUGAUGGAUGCCGACGGCAUGCUGGAAAUGUUCCACUGCCCUUAUGAAGGAUGCAGCCAGGUCUACGUAGCACUUAGUAGCUUUCAGAAUCACGUCAACCUCGUCCACCGGAAAGGGAAGACAAAAGUGUGUCCCCACCCGGGCUGCGGCAAGAAGUUCUACCUGUCCAACCACCUCCGCAGACACAUGAUCAUUCACUCAGGCAUCCGUGAAUUUACCUGUGAAACCUGUGGGAAAUCUUUCAAGCGGAAGAAUCACCUGGAGGUGCAUCGCCGGACACACACGGGAGAGACGCCCCUCCAGUGCGAGAUCUGCGGGUACCAGUGCCGCCAGAGAGCGUCUCUCAACUGGCACAUGAAGAAGCACACCUCCGACGUCCAGUACAACUUCACCUGCGAGCACUGCGGCAAACGCUUCGAAAAGAUGGACAGCGUCAAAUUCCACAAACUGAAGAGCCACCCGGAUCACAAGGCCACGUGAUCCCGGCUGGGCUGUCCUUCCGGAGCCUCGGAACGCUUUAUUUAUUACCCCGCCGGGGGACCCUCUGCCGCCUCCCUUCCCCCUCCCCGGACGAUGGCAGCGGCGGCGGUGCCGGCUCCCACCUCGAGGGGUGAGAUCACAGUGCCCUGGGAUGGCACAUGUCUCCCCCAGCCAGGAGAGGGGGUGCUGGGCCCGGAGCAGACAGCAUGCGUGUGAGUGUGUGUGUGAUAUGUCGUGGCCUCCACAGCAGGCAGCCCCCCCCCCCCCGAUUCUGCCAGGGUGAGACUUUUUUAGCUUUUAAUGUCGAGGCCGUGAGGGCUCCGGGGUCGAGCGAACAGAGGGGGGAUGUGCCCGUGCUCAUCUGCAGAAGAGGGCGCGGCCUGGCCUCUCAGACUCAAGGGAGAGCGAAAUGCGGCACAUCCUAGGGGUCAGAGGGGUGGGGCUUGGCCGCCACAAAACGCCCAGACCAUUAAACUGACACUACUUUUAUCUGCCCGCCUCCUGGCAUCUUCCUCCCCAGCGGGCGGCGUCCUCGGAGGGGGACGGGGACCGCUGGAGGUUGCCCGGCAGUCGUACCAACCAGCCAUGUGCCCGAGGCUGGUUGGCAUGGGACCCGCAGUGUUAUCUGAAGGCGAGGGCAUGAAUGCCUGCACUGGCUGUUCCUCCAAGUUUGUGGGGCACGUGCCCUCCUGUGCGGGGUGGGCCUAGACCUCGCUGGUGGGGGUCGGGUUUCCCCUUGUUGUCCAGCGUCUCCUAUUUCCUGUAAAGCGAAGAAGUGUCCAGCUGGUGGGGAGGUGAACAAACCGUCCCAGUGC